AUGCGUGCUAGUAGUUCUUAUGGUCUUCUGGCGAUACUGUCGCAACUGAGAUCUAUCGAUUUCUCAAUUGCUGCUUUGGUUAGAGGUUUGAGUGAGAAACCUGUGGAGAUGUGA